GCCUAUUUUCUGUCUGAUCUGUCACCAUGUCUGGACGCGGCAAGCAGGGCGGCAAGGCGCGCGCCAAGGCCAAGACCCGCUCGUCCCGGGCCGGCCUGCAGUUCCCCGUGGGCCGAGUGCACCGGCUGCUCCGCAAGGGCAACUACUCGGAGCGGGUGGGCGCCGGCGCCCCGGUGUACCUGGCGGCCGUGCUCGAGUACCUGACGGCCGAGAUCCUGGAGCUGGCGGGCAACGCGGCCCGCGACAACAAGAAGACGCGCAUCAUCCCGCGCCACCUGCAGCUGGCCAUCCGCAACGACGAGGAGCUCAACAAGCUGCUGGGCAAAGUGACCAUCGCGCAGGGCGGCGUCCUGCCCAACAUCCAGGCCGUGCUGCUGCCCAAGAAGACCGAGAGCCACCACAAGGCCAAGGGCAAAUAA